UGGUUUGAGCUGGUGCGUCUCCAUGACGACACGCCCGCGCUAUAAGUAGGGGAGCAGCGGCGCGUCGGGCUUUGUCAGUCCCCUCAGCCUCCGCCGCCGCCGCCCCUCUGCCAGCGCUCCGGCGCCACCUCGGGCCGGCGGUCCUCCGCGGGCGGGAGCGAGGCGGCGGGCUGACGGGGGCGGCCGGCGGUCCUGCGCGCUGAGCGGCAGCGGCGUCCCCAUGGGGUUGGCUUGAGGCGCCCCUGCUUAAGGUGGACAGCAACUUCUGUGUUUAUCAGGACAUUUCCACGGCUGCAUCGAGAGUAUACUCAUCUUCAGCAGGACUUAGAAUUCCUGGAGAGUUGCCUUUGUGAAAAGCUGGCAAUAAUUUCUUUAAGUUCCGUCUCUUAGUUUUCCUUAACAUCCAGAAACCAUGAACAACUUUAGCAAUGAAGAGUUUGAUUGCCAUUUCCUCGAUGAAGGCUUUACUGCCAAGGACAUUCUGGACCAAAAAAUUAAUGAAGUCUCUUCUUCCGAUGAUAAGGACGCCUUCUAUGUUGCGGACCUGGGAGACAUUCUGAAGAAACAUCUGAAAUGGUUAAAAGCUCUUCCUCGGGUCACCCCCUUUUAUGCAGUCAAAUGCAAUGAUAGCAGAACCAUAGUGAAGACCCUAGCUGCCAUUGGGACAGGAUUUGACUGUGCCAGCAAGACUGAAAUACAACUGGUACAGAGUCUUGGGGUGCCUCCAGAAAGGAUUAUCUAUGCAAAUCCUUGUAAACAAGUGUCUCAGAUCAAAUAUGCUGCCAAUAAUGGAGUCCAGAUGAUGACUUUUGAUAGUGAAGUCGAGUUGAUGAAAGUUGCCAGGGCACAUCCGAAGGCCAAGUUGGUUUUGCGGAUUGCCACUGAUGAUUCCAAAGCAGUCUGUCGUCUCAGUGUUAAAUUCGGUGCCACACUCAAAACCAGCAGGCUGCUUUUGGAACGGGCGAAAGAGCUAAAUAUUGAUGUCAUUGGUGUCAGCUUCCAUGUGGGAAGUGGCUGCACUGAUCCUGAGACCUUCGUGCAGGCCAUCUCUGAUGCCCGCUGCGUCUUUGACAUGGGAGCUGAGAUUGGUUUCAGCAUGUAUCUGCUUGAUAUUGGUGGUGGCUUUCCGGGAUCUGAGGAUGCGAAGCUGAAAUUUGAAGAGAUCACCAGUGUAAUCAACCCAGCGCUGGACAAGUACUUCCCAUCAGACUCAGGAGUGACAGUCAUAGCUGAGCCAGGCAGAUACUAUGUUGCAUCAGCUUUCACGCUUGCAGUUAAUAUCAUUGCCAAAAAACUCGUAUUAAAGGAACAAAUAGGCUCUGAUGAUGAAGAUGAGUCAAGUGAAAAAACCUUUAUGUAUUACGUGAAUGAUGGAGUGUACGGAUCAUUUAAUUGCAUCCUCUAUGAUCACGCCCACGUGAAGCCCCUCCUGCAGAAGAGGCCCAAACCAGAUGAGAAGUACUACUCCUCCAGCAUCUGGGGGCCCACGUGUGACGGCCUCGAUCGCAUUGUUGAGCGCUGUGGCUUGCCCGAGAUGCAUGUGGGCGACUGGAUGCUCUUUGAGAACAUGGGUGCUUACACCGUCGCUGCCGCUUCUACUUUCAACGGAUUCCAGAGGCCGACCAUCUACUAUGUGAUGUCAGGGCCGACAUGGCAACUGAUGCAGCAAAUCCAGAACCAUGACUUCCCACCUGAAGUGGAGGGGCAGGAUGUCAGCACUCUACCUGUGUCUUGUGCCUGGGAGAGUGGGAUGAAACGCCACCCAGCAGCCUGUGCUUCAGCUAGUAUUAAUGUGUAGAUGCCAUUCUUGUAGCUGUUACUGCGAGUGUAGCUUGAAUUAAGGGAUUUGGGGGGACCAUUUAACUUAAUUACUACUAGUUUUGAAAUGUCUUUUUAAGUAGGGUUGGCAGAUGGAACAAUAUGGAAGACUAGGAGAUGGGGUCACACUUAUCUGUGUUCCUAUGGAAACUUUGAAUAUUUGUUUUAUAUGGAUUUUUAUUCACUUUUCAAACAUGCUACUAAAGAGUGCCCCUCAGCUGCUGAGCAAGCGUUUGUAGCUUGUACAUUGGCAGAAUGGGCCAGAAGCCUGGUGUUGUGACCUGUUUGAAAAAUAAAGUCUCUUGAAAUAAUUAGGCAUUGGGAGAUUUUCACAGUGUGUCCAUUGCAGAUGGCUCACCUUGGAUGUGUUUUACAAGUGGGAAUUGAUGUAUUUUCCCCCACGGGCUGAGAGAAUUGUUCCAGAGGACUUAGGAGUUAAUGGUUUUUGUUAUUUUGAAACCCUGUGGAAACGCCUUCUUCCUUUUGGCAUUUUUAGUUCAAGUCCAUGAGUCCUGUAUCAAGUUUGCUGUGGAUUCUCACAGGAAUAGCAGAUCUAGCCCACAUGCGGGUAGAAGGAAACGAAUGGGUGAGACAGGCAGUACCCUCUGCUGAUGACAGUGGCCAACGUCUGCCUUGGUGGCUCAGCCCACCCUGAAUGUCCACAGGGUGGCUGUGAACGUGGAAUGCCCGGACCGCUUGUUAACUAACUGGCCUGCUCCUAUCGUGGCCAGUGCCCCGGGAAGGUGCACUAGGCCCUCUGAGCCCUGCCCACAGAGACCAGAGAACGUUCCCUUCCCACCUUGACUUCACUCCAGGACAAGCUGCAUAGUUAAACAAGCUAGGAAUGUAGUACGGCAUUUGACUGUCAACUUAUUUUAAUAAAUUCAGCAAUUAUUCUGUGUUA